AUGGCGGAAUCUAUUCCACCCUGGGGGCCCCUUCCCGGUCCUUCCAACCGGAACUCGAGGACUCUUCCCAGAUGGAUGGAUCCAAACGAUGUCCAUGGUGAGGUCCGCUUCCUCAUAUUGAAACCUGGUGACAAAUUCAAGCUGCCCCAAAACCCCUUCAUCAUCGCCAAAUCGAUUGACCAGAUUGCUGGUCGCAUCGAUGGUGCCAGCCCAACCGACGGAGGAAAAGCUGUCCUGCUGAAAGUUCGAAGCCAGCAACAAUUCGAUAAACUUCUUCAACUGAAGAAACUUAUCGACGAUACACCGGUCUCAGUUGUGCCACAUCCCACCAAAAACACAUGCCAGUGCGUGGUUUCGUGCAGAGAGGUUGCAGAUCUCACGGAAAACGAAAUCUGUCAGGCUCUCGAAGACCAAAAUGUCGUCAAAGUUUAUCGCUUUACCAGGAAAAUCAACGAAAAAACAACGCCUACUAACACAAUGGUGCUUACCUUCAGCGGCACCGUUCCUCCAACCCAUGUCUGGUUCGGGUACCUCCGUGUUCCUACUAGGCCCUACUACCCAAGGCCAAUGCAAUGUUUUACCUGUGGAAGAUUUGGUCAUACCAAGGGCAAAUGCUCGAACACUCCCAUUUGCCAAAACUGCGGUGAAAAUAAUAUUCAUGCCGAUUGUCCAAAAGAUCCCCACUGUAACAACUGCAGAGGCGAUCACUCAACAACCAACAGAUUAUGCCCCGCUUACCAACAAGAACAGAGUAUCAUCCGGAUCCGUGUGGAUCUGGGUAUCAGCCACUCCGAAGCCGCAAAAGAGUUUCAUUCUCGAAAAAACUCAGCCAUCAUAUCAAAGGUUCAACAACGCAUUGCCAACACUAAUUCAUCACCCCAAGAAGACAACAACAAAAUUUUUGAGCUGGAAAAACAAAUCGCGAAUCUGGUCAAGAAGAAUAUCGAACUCUUAGCCAGGAUCUGGGAACUGGAAACCAAAAAGAAAAUCCAAAGUGACGAAUCGGACACCACCUUAACGGACUCCAACAGCGAAGCAUCAAUGGACACUGCCGACGACUCCCAACCGCUCAGCUCGACCCCGAAGCGUGGCCGUGGUACCGAAUCUCCCGAAAAGACCUCUCCAGUUCGCAUGAACAAAACCAGGAGACCAUCCACCCAGUCCGACUCUGACUUCGAAAUCCCCAGGUACGGUAACCAACCAAUCAAAUUGCCCAACCGCCGGUAA